CCCCAGGCUGGCUGGAGCUGGGCAGGUUCGCCGACUCGAGCUGGCAGGUGGUGCCCUGUCACGCCGGCUAAUUUCUCUACCGGCCUUGGCCUUGACAGGUGCCUGCCGAGGACGCAUUCUGACCUGGGCCGUGUCUCUCUCUGGAGACUUCGCGCCUAUGGUUGGGGACAGGGUGAGGUCGUUGCCUUGACGACAGCAUGCGGCCCGCGGUCCUCCCAAGAGUGAGCUUGCGGCGGGCCCGGGUCCCUCUGCCCCCUGCCGGCCUCACCUGGGACCCGUGACCAGUGCCUGUGACCGCAGAAGAAAUCACGGCAGCCCUGGAAUUGCCGGUUUGUUAGUCAGCGACGCGUUUCACCUCAAAAUCGUUUCAGGUUGAAAACCUCUGGCUCUUUCCAUGCGAAAGGAUUUGAAGAAACACAAAAAAAGUUCCUGCUGGUUUUAAAUUAAAAUGGAAAAAUAUGAGAACCUAGGAUUGGUUGGAGAAGGAAGUUAUGGAAUGGUGAUGAAGUGUAGGAAUAAAGAUAGUGGAAGAAUUGUGGCCAUCAAGAAGUUCUUAGAGAGUGAUGAUGACAAAAUGGUUAAAAAAAUUGCAAUGCGAGAAAUCAAGUUACUAAAGCAACUGAGGCAUGAAAAUUUGGUGAAUCUGUUGGAAGUAUGUAAGAAAAAAAAACGAUGGUACCUCGUCUUUGAAUUUGUUGAUCACACAGUUCUUGAUGACUUGGAGCUCUUUCCAAAUGGACUAGACUACAAAGUAGUUCAAAAGUAUUUGUUUCAGAUUAUUAAUGGAAUUGGAUUCUGUCACAGUCACAAUAUCAUACACAGAGAUAUAAAGCCAGAGAAUAUAUUAGUCUCCCAGUCUGGUGUUGUCAAGUUAUGUGAUUUUGGAUUUGCACGAACACUGGCAGCUCCUGGGGAGGUUUAUACUGAUUAUGUGGCCACCCGAUGGUACAGAGCUCCAGAACUAUUGGUUGGUGAUGUCAAGUAUGGCAAGGCUGUUGAUGUGUGGGCCAUUGGUUGUUUGGUAACUGAAAUGCUCAUGGGGGAACCCCUAUUUCCUGGAGAUUCUGAUAUUGAUCAGCUAUAUCAUAUUAUGAUGUGUUUAGGUAAUCUAAUCCCAAGACAUCAGGAGCUGUUCUAUAAAAAUCCUGUGUUUGCUGGAGUGAGAUUGCCUGAAAUCAAGGAAACAGAACCUCUUGAAAGACGCUAUCCUAAGCUCUCUGAUGUGGUGAUAGAUUUAGCAAAGAAAUGCUUACAUACUGACCCAGACAAAAGGCCCUUCUGUGCUGAGCUCCUACACCAUGAUUUUUUUCAAAUGGAUGGAUUUGCUGAGAGGUUUUCUCAGGAACUACAGUUAAAAGUACAGAAAGAUGCCAGAAAUAUUUCCUUAUCUAAAAAAUCCCAAAACAGAAAGAAGGAAAAGGAAAAAGAUGAUUCCUUAGGUGAAGAAAGAAAAACACUUAUAGUACAGGAUACCAAUGCUGAUCCUAAAAUUAAGGAUUAUAAAGUAUUUAAAACAAAAGGGCCAAAAAUUGAUGGACAAAAAGUUGAAAAAGGCAGUAGAACUUCAAAUGCCAGCUGUCUCCAUGACAAUGGGGCAAGCUAUGUCAAAACAGUGCCUUCAACAAGCCUCAGAGACUGCAGCAAUGUCAACGUGGAUCACACAAGGAAUCCAGGCACGGCAAUUCCCCCACUUGUGCACAAUCUUUCUGCAGUUGUUCCCGGUAUUAAUUCCGGAAUGGGGACUAUACCAGCAGUUCAGAGUUACAGAAUGGAUGAGAAAACUAAGAAGUAUUGUAUUCCAUUCAUUAAACAGAAUAAACAUUCCUCAUCAGGCAUUUAUAAUAUUAAUGUGAACACAUCAGUCUCCAGUGAAAAGAGCCUCCUUCAGGCAAAUAAGAAAAGAAGAGAAUACUCCAAGACAGAUGUCCGUUUGCCUGAACUAAACUAUAAUCAUCUCCCCGAACUAAGAGCCUUGGAAGGCAUAGCUCGAAAUCCCAGGCUAGUAAAGAAAGAGAACAAAAUUCUUUCAGAAUCUCGAAUUCCUUCUCUGGCUGCUAUUGACUUGCACACCCCCAGUAUUGCAUUACAUCAGGUAUCAGGAGCUCCCCUGUCAGAUGAUUCGGAGCCUGAUUUGCCUCGAAUGGAACACCAGCACUGAGGAUCAUUUUGGUUCUGAACUGGAUGCUGCUCUAGCAUUUGAGAUGACAUCCUCUUGCAGCAAGAAUGCUGGUAUCCUAGGAGGAGAGAUUUGUGGUUUUGACUGUUUCCUUCUGAACUACCUGGGUUCUCUGAGAAAGGCCUUGCAGAGGAAGGAAAAACAAAGACCUCCAAAUAUGAAGAUUGAACAAGUGCCCCUCCCCAGCUGUUAUCCUGUCACCUUUCAAGUCCACUGAUGCGAUUUCAAGAUAAUCUGAUGAAAGAAUAGUGUUAUAGUUCUUGUCACAUGAAUGUGCAUUUACUGUUAGUAGAUUGUAUAUUUAAAGUUAAAGAUUGAAAGUAUGUAAAAAAGAGAGAGAGAAACAUUAUAAAAGGUCAUGUAUUCAUGCACUGAAUUUGUAUGUUAUCUGUAUAAAUGUGUACAUUUAUUUAGGAGUGGGUUCAGUGGGGUAGGUGAUAAAAACUAGGAUCAGUUGAAGCAAAUGAAAAACAUGAGGAUCAGCAAGAGAAAAUGUUUCCUUUACCCUAACUUAACUAUAAAAACACACUUAAAAAUCUUGCUUGUUUCUAGGCAUUAAGGGGAUAACGUAACUGCUGUCCAUGGACAGAUGUAUAUCCUUGGUUUCUGUGAUUACUGUUGAUGUUCUAUCAGUGUAUUAUGGGAAUCUGGCCUCUUUGCUGAUCUUCUAAGAACCGCACUAAUGCAAAUCUAGCAGUAAAACCUUUUAUUUCUAAUGACUUAGUACGACUCUGGCAAUGGAUAGUUCUCUGUAUUGUAAGAUUCUGGUGCUAAUGUUCUUGUGUGAAGGAACAUAAUUGGAACAAGAGUGGAGAAGGAGAUUUUGUAGGUAUAUUGUGGAGUUGAGUACUGUGAUUCUCAUUGAAAAAAGAAGUAUCCAAACAAAAUUAGUCAAUGGAAAGCAGGUUUACCUGUUAAUCAGGACUAAUUACUCUUCUGUGGUUCCAAUUGCUAUUGAACCACCCAACUGAAGAGACUUUGGGGAGGGAAUGUUCAUUAUUAGGGACUCCACUCUUGUCCACUGGUAGUUUAAAGUUGAUAUUAGACAGAACCCAGAGCAAUUCUUGUUUCCUUGUUACCUCAAACACUUAGGCCUUCCCAAAAACUUUUCACUAAGGUGCAAAGUAAUUUACUCACAUUCCAUACAUCUUUUCUAAUGCAUGGGUCCAAAACUUUUUGGGUGGGAGGGAUAAACCAGUUUGGCUCCAGGUUCUUGGAGUCUGGGUUUUCAGCCAUGCUCUGCAUUUAUCGUUUUAGAGAAUGGUUGUUAAGGGAACCAGAAUUUGGGGUUUUUGCUCUAACCAAUCAAUAGCGUGUUGUUUUUUUCCCCAAAGCCAUUGAGUAGAACUUAGCCCAAGAAUUUAACUAGAACUUUUCUUUAUUACUCUGAGCUUAAUAUUGAAAUUCUGACCUUAGGCACUGAACCUCAAAAGAGUAGGACAUUCAGGAGGAGGCAAAUAAGGGGUUUCAAUGUAUAAGUCCAUAGGUGGUGGUUAAAUUAAAAUUUGGUCUUGAUUUAAAAGCUCUAUCUUUAACCUCUGACCAGAUGUUUCACAAGGUUAGUAUGGCUGACAUGCUGGAAAAAAUAAGUGAAUUGGCAUUAAUAGGCUUCACAUUAAAACGUUAUUAUUUUGUUUUUACUUUAAAGAGUAUUGCCAGUAGACUCUGCACCAUGGAAAGCAGACGCUAUUUUUAUUUAAGAUCAGUGUGAAAAUAUCAGCUCAAUGUUUGAGGUCCUAGGAUCAAUUACUUUCAAAUUUCUGUACUUGCUUUUGGUAUCUUUUGCCUCUUAAAUCACCUUAUGAGCUUUAGAAUUCAGUAAGGAACUAAAAAUUAUUUACUAGUAGUUCAAGUUGAGACUUGAGGAUCAUAUCUGGUUAGAACUUUGGCAGAACUACCAGAAAAAGAUUUUGCAAAUUGGGGCUGAAGAUACUGAACCAAAAGAAUCCUUUUUUUUUCAGUUUACGGUUAGUCCAUCUUUACAACGAUACGAUUUAGUCACAUACUAAUAGGGAAUAUGUGUGUGCACCAGUGGGUGGCAGUGGGCUUUCUGUGUGUAUGUAUAGUUUAAAAUUAAUAAAUAUUAUCUUACCAAGCUCCAUAGAUGGUUUUAAUUUAGAGACUAUAAAUAAUGCAUCCACCACUGUAUGGUAUGUAACAAAUAAGUUUGAAAUAAUUUGUGAAUUCUUUUUUUGGGAAACUUGAUAUAGGGGUGGCAAGUUAAUUUUCUUGUGUAGCUGGUGAUAGAAGCAGCAUGGUCAUAAAAUAACAUGUCUUGUAAAGACUAACUGAUGAAAGUUGUGACAGACCUAGGCUUAGGACCCGGUUCCCCUGUUGGAGAAUCCCUUGCUUGUUUAGAGUAUCUGACUUCCCACUGAAAUGGGAACAUAGAUGUAUUUUCUUAUGUGAUUCUCUUUAUUGGUUCCCUAAUCUCAGUUGUGCUACCAUACAGGUCUGGAUCUGUACUAAGCUGUGAGUCAGACUAGACUGAAAAAUGUGAUUGACUUGCUGUCUAAGCCCUCCUUGCUAUGACAGAACCACGGGCACCAGAGCGCUGCUCCUGGGGCUUUAGGCUAGUCUUAGUGAAUCGGACUAAAUGGAUUUUUCUCUAUUGUUUUGCAUUAAGUGUUUUUGCAUUAGAAGUGGGUGCUUAAUGCUCUAUGUGAAUAAAAAUUAUGUUCUCACA